AGUGGUAGGUACUCACAGAGGUGUUUUUUGAUCCUGUGUCUUGCACCACUGAGUGAGGUGGGGCUGCUCUGGUUUACAGGCCCCGGAGCUUGGCUGAGCCAUGGCCCAGGUUAAUAGGUUGUCCAGAAAGGUGGUGGGUGCCCCAUCCAUGCAGACACUGCACGUCAGGCUGGUCGGGGCUCUGAGUACCUGAUCAGCUGUAGGCGUCCCUGUUCAGUGCAGGGGAGUUGGACCAGAUGGCCUUGAAGGGUCCCUUCCAACUCAAAUGAUUCUAAUUCUCUGGCUGGGGCUGAAGGUACUCCAGCGGUGAGAGGGCAUUGUGGAGUGGGUCAGUUGUGAGCUGUGUUUGUGCUGUCUGCUAGUGCUAAAAGCCACGCUGUGGUGACAUCUCCAGCCCAGUGUGGCUGCCAGGCCCACAGCAGCCUGAGUGCAUCCCUGAUGCACAUGUUUGGAGUGUGCUGCUCCCAGCACCUGAGGCGCAUCUAGGCUAGCACUUCCUGCUUCCUUGUUGAAGUGAAGGAUCUGGGGGUGCUGGUUUACAACCAGCUGAACAUGAGCCACCAGUGAGCCCAGGUGGCCAAGAAAGCCAAUGGCUUCUAACAGAAAUAGUGCAGCCAGCAGGAGAAGGGAGCGGUGUCUGGAGCAUGUCCUGUGGGCACUGGUUGAGGGAACAGGGAUGGUUCAUUCUGGAGAAGAGGAGGUGCAGAGGAGACCUUAUCGCUCCCUACACACCCUGGAAGGAGGUUGUGGUGAGGCAGAGGUCAGCCUCUGCUCCCAGUAACAGCGAUAGGAUGAGAGGGAGUGGCCCCAUGUUGGAUCAGGGGAGGUUCAGGUUGGAUAUUAGGAAAAAUCUUGUCUCCAAAAGAGCAGUGAUGCACAGAUGCACAGGGAGUGGUGGGGUGACCAUCCCUGGAGGUGCUCGAGAACAGUGGGGAUGUGGCACUGAGGAUGUGGUCAGUGGGCACGGUGGGCUGGGCUGGGGUUGGAACUUAGAGCUCUUUUUUAGCCUUAAUGAUUCUAUGAAGUGCCCUGCUGGGUACCGGGGGCUGUGUGUGGAAAUGCGUUUGGAAAAUACAAAACUAAGGCAGAAAAAAAAAAACAAAACAAAAACCCACAGAGGAUGGCAGAUGUGCAACGAAGAAGAGGCGGAGGGAAAAACAUAUUGAAGAAACGUUGCUAAUGUAAUGAGGGGGACUGCAGGAGCUGCCUGAGUCACGGGGCCGCGGGGCUGAGCGGCGCCGCGGGGCUGGAGGACGGCGCUGCAGUGAGGGCUGUGCAAUGGCGCCCCCUACCGGCCGGCGGUGAAGCAGCGCGGGGCCGGCAGCGCUCGGGCGGCAGAGGGGGGAACGUGGGAGCGGGCGUUGCCGAGGGGACGCUGACUCCGCUUCUCCUUCCUUUCCCCGGGUGGCAAUAAGGAAACAGGAUAGCGGUCAGCCAGGGAGUGUGCCCGGGAAACACACUUUCGGGAGCCACCCUGUGAGAUCGGAUUGAUUUUUCUGUUUUCAAGGAAGAAGUACAGUAGGCGGUAGGCUGUCUUGGUUUCCCAUUGCAGGAAAAAGGAAAGGGCUUUAGCUCACAGGCACCAAUAUGCAGAAUGUGUGUGCUUUCCUGGAAGUGAGGUGGCACUCUUCAAAGAAAUGAGAUGAUCUGCCCAUGAUCUGCUCUGUAAUCUCCCUCCUCAGCUGGUGAAAGCUUAAUACAGCAGAAAACAGAUAGUUCACCUCCAAGGAGGAUUCUUUCUCUUGGAAAGGGCUCUCAGCUGUGCAUUUAUGUGGGUUUUGAGGCCGCAGGGGAAAUGGCUGUGAAGGAUUUGAACCCUGUCCAUAUCUAGGGUUCUUUUUCCAAAAAAGACACAUAGGAACCAGAGUCACCUUUGGCUGUGCUAACAGCUUCAUAGGACCUGCAUGGAGCUGAGUGCCGACCAAAGUCUGCAUGACAUUUAUUUCUGCUAUCACUGGGUUGGUUGGGUUAAUCAUUGCCAUCUCUUAUUUAGGUCGCAAGUAAGUCCAUGGAAUCUUAGAGUAAAUAUUUUAAAUACAAAUCGAUGAGGCUUCAAGGGACCCAAGAAAUGUAAAAUGAAGGCUUGGGUUCCCUUCCACCUCCACUCCUAGAACCAUAGGGUUCAGGGUAAUUGGAGACGACACACUCCUGUUUGUCUCGUCCCGCCUGCAGCUCCCACCAGCAGAUGCACCUAUCUGCCAAAACCACAAACCCAGGCUGCUGUACCUCAUGUCCAUACAUGUUGCAUUCAGAUAAGAACGAGGCACAACACUGACUAAUGCUGCUCCCUUUUUGGAAGGAAAAUGCCAAAAGCUGUUUGAGACAGAAUAGAAGUGCCAGCAUUGCGUGAUCAGUGAACAGCCAGCAGCAAAAGUGGCAGCUCAAGCCUCUCCCAGUGUGUUCCUCCAGGAUGGGAGCUGUGUUCACACCCACCAGCAUCCGGCAUACAGAGCAGGGUGUAGGGAAGCAGUUGUGUCUUCUAUUCUGCCCGCUGUUCCUAACAUACCUAUGGCCUCUUUGUGCCCUCUGUCAGAAGAAAUCCUCAGCUGGAGUAGAUUUCAGUGGUGACAGAUUGAAGCUGUUUGACCAGAUGAUGGCACACAACUGUCGCUGAGACGCGGCACCUGUGGCUUCGCAGCGCUUUGGCUUUGGCCAUAUGUGGGAGCACUGCUGCCUUCUGGCUUGGCCUUGUUGCUGGGUGUUGGGAUGCAGAGCAGGGAUGAGGGAUGGGAAGGAGUGACUGAAGUAAGUGGUGUCCCCAGGAAGUUCUGUUCUGCUGUGUUUUACAGCCUAGGGAGAAGGUGAUCGGGGAAAAGGUGAUAUUCUGGUUUAUGGAAAAUAAACAUGGGGUAGCACUGCCAUGUGCACCGAGGAGGAGGAGGUUGGGCAGGUGUCUGCAAGAGUGAGGAGCGUGGGCCAUGCCAGAGGGGUAAAUGCAUGUGGAUUUCUUUGAGGUACUUUCUGAAGGGAAUUCUCUGGCUCUGCAUUCAGGUUAGCCUGGUGACAUGAGGCGAGGCGACAGACACUUCUCUGUUCAUCCGCUGUCAUGGGGGAUGUUUGGGUUCUGAUGUUCCCCAUAGAAAGCUGUAGGACAGGGCACCCCAUGGGAGCACACACUGUGCCUGGGGACCCAAAACGAGCCCUGAACCCCACAGUGUAGCCGGGUCUUCUGAGUCCCCAGGGAAACCCCCGGGAUGCUGGGCCAGCCCCAGCGGCUCGGAGCCUGGCAGGGGGGCUCUCCCCAGCCCCAGCAUCUGGACGCCGGCCGCGGAUGUCAGUCCGGGCUGGAGGGAUCGUUCCCGGCUGGGAGGAGCCAGCAGCAGCCGGAGCUGCUGUAAACAGUGCGGGCACCGCCGGCGGCUGGAAGAUGGAUAUAAAUAGGGAGGCAGAGGGGAGGCAGCCGGAGUGGAGGAGCGGGAGCUGCCUGCGCCUGCCUGCCCCUACCUCUGCCUCUGUCCUUGCCCAGCAGCCGUGUCGGGAGCUCCCGGGAGGCGGCCGCCAAAGUUUGCGGCCCCGCGCUGCCGGCAUUGGGUAUCCAAGGUAUCUACCCAGAGAAAUCGUGAAGAAUGGCUCUACCUACCUCCAAGUAUCUGGCUGAAAGCCUUGUUUUUUUUCUUCUAGUAGCGUCUUCUGCAAGCACAGCAGAAGCAGCUGUGGCAUGUCCUGACAAGGAUCCUGAGCUAGAAAUCUGGAACCCAGGUCACAAUGAAGAAAACCACAUCGAAAUCCGCAAUGGCAGGAAGCUCCUCCUCUCAUCUUCAGCAACUGUCCACUCAAUCCACAUCAUGGAUGGAGGAAAACUGAUCAUUAAAGACGAUGUACAGCCUGUCAUUUUGCGUACUAGAUAUAUACUCAUUGAAAAUAAUGGAGAGUUACGGAUCGGCAGUGAGAUGUGCCCUUACCAAGGCAAUGUGGUUAUCAUCUUAUACGGGAGAGCGGAUGACGGCAGCGAGCCCAAUCCCUACUUUGGGCGGAAGUACAUUGGUGUGAGUGAGGGUGGCAUUCUUGAGAUCCAUGGCAAGAAAAAGCUGUCCUGGACUUUCUUAAACAAGACUCUUCAUCCUGGUGGCAUGGAAGAAGGAGGAUAUUACUUUGAAAGGAGCUGGGGCCAUCGGGGUGUCAUUGUCCAUGUGAUUGACCCAAAGAUGGGGGCCGUUGUCCAUUCAGACCGAUUUGAUACCUACCGAGCAAAAGAGGAAAGCAAACGUCUUGCCCAGUAUUUGGACAGAGUUGCGAAUGGCAUGAUCCUGUCAGUAGCAGUGAACGACGAGGGAUCCAGAAACUUGGACGACUCAGCCAGGAAAGCAAUGACCAAACUGGGCAGCAAGCAUUUCCUCCACCUUGGGUUUAGGCAUCCAUGGAGUUUUAUCACCGUUAAAGGAAAUCCCUCCUCUUCUGUUGAGGACCACAUUGAAUAUCAAGGUCACAAAGGGUCAGCUGUGGCCAAAGUAUUCAAACUAUUCAAAGCUGAGAAUGGAGAACUCUUUAAUGUCUCUUCGACUAGUGAGUGGGUUCAAGAUGUAGAAUGGACAGAGUGGUUUGAGAAGCCCGAGAAAGCAAGAUCUAAAGACAUGGAGAAGCUUUCUGACUUCAAAGCUGCUCACCCUGAUAAAAUCUGUAGGCAGCCCAUUGACAUCCAGGCAGAGACCCUCGAUGGAACUAUUUUAACCACUGAGGUUUUCUACAAGAACGGCCACGACUAUCGGUUUCUUUGCCAUGGCAAGGACCAGACAGGUGAAGGUUGCCAGAACUACAGAGUGCGGUUCCUGUGUGGCAGCUCUGUGAAACCAAAGCUUACAGUAACCAUUGACACCAACGUGAACAGCACGGUGCUGAAUCUGGUGGAUGAUGUGAGCUCAUGGGAGCCUGGAGACAGGAUUGUGGUUGCAAGCACUGACUACUCCAUGUACCAGGCGGAGGAGUUCCAAGUACUGCCAUGCCCAUCUUGCAGACCCACCCAGGUCAAGGUUGCAGGGAAAGCAGCGUACCUCCACGUUGGCGAAGUCAUUGAUGGCGUCGACAUGCGGGCAGAAGUGGGGCUGCUGAGCAGGAACGUUGUGAUCAUGGGCGAGAUGGAGGGGCAGUGCUAUGAGUACAGCAGCAAGUUGUGCUCCUUCUUUGAUUUCGACACCUUUGGGGGACACAUCAAGAUUGGUCUUGAUUUUAAGGCUACCCAUCUUGAAGGUCUAGAACUGAAAUAUAUGGGCCAGCAGACAAUGGGACAUUACCCAAUUCACUUCCACAUGGCUGGAGAUGUAGACGAGAAAGGAGGCUACAACCCUCCAACAUAUGUGAAGGAUGUCUCCAUCCACCAUACCUUCUCCCGCUGUGUCACAAUCCACGGAUCCAAUGGUUUGCUGGUGAAGGAUGUUGUGGGUUAUGAUGCACUGGGCCAUUGUUUCUUUACGGAGGAUGGACCAGAAGAGCGCAACACAUUUGAUCACUGCCUUGGACUGCUUGUUAAACCCAGCACUCUGCUCCCUUCUGACCGAGACAGCAGGAUGUGCAAACUGAUCACAGAGGGUGCUUACCCAGGGUACAUCCCUAAACCCAGGCAAGACUGUAGCGCUGUAUCCACCUUUUGGAUAGCCAACCCACACAACAACCUUAUAAACUGUGCAGCUGCGGGGUCUGAAGAAACAGGCUUUUGGUUUGUUCUGCACCACGUGCCAACGGGGCCCUCGGCGGGCAUGUAUUCCCCCGGCUACUCGGAGCACAUGCCGAUGGGGAGAUUUUCCAACAACCGCGCACAUUCCAACUACCGAGCUGGAAUGAUCAUCGAUAACGGUGUUAAAACCACUCCUGCCUCAGCCAAGGACAAAAGGCCCAUUCUGACACUGAUUUCUGGGAGAUACAGCCCACACAAAGACGCUGAUCCUUUGAAGCCCAGGGAACCUGCAAUAAUUGAGCGCUUUAUUGCCUACAAGAACCAGGAUCACGGGGCCUGGCUGCGGGGCGGAGAUGUGUGGCUGGACAACUGCCAAUUUGCAGACAACGGCAUUGGGCUGACCCUGGCAAGCGGUGGGACCUUCCCUCACGAUGAUGGGUCUAAGCAAGAAAUCAAGAACAGCUUGUUUGUUGGUGAGAGUGGAAACCUGGGCACCGAGACGAUGGACAAUGAGAUCUGGGGACCUGGCGGCCUGGAUCACAGAGGCAGGACCCUGCCCAUCGGCCCGAAUUUUCCCAUUCGAGGCAUUCAGUUCUACGAUGGCCCAAUCAAUGUCCAGAACUGCACCUUCCGCAAAUUUGCUGCCCUGGAUGGUAGGCACACGAGUGCCUUGGCCUUCAGGCUCAACAAUGCCUGGCAGAGUUGCCCAAACAACAACGUCACUGACAUUCAUUUUGAAGACGUCCCUAUUACCUCAAGGGUCUUCUUUGGAGAACCUGGACCCUGGUUCAAUGAUCUGGAUAUGGAUGGUGAUAAAACAUCUGUUUUUCAUGAUGUAGAUGGUUCUGUGUCUGAAUAUCCAGGCUCUUACCUGAUAAAAGAAGAUAAUUGGUUAAUCAAACACCCAGACUGCAUUGAUGUGCCUGACUGGAGAGGUUCUAUCUGCAGUGGACACUAUGCACAGAUAUACAUCCAAGCCUACAAGCCAGCCAACCUCAAAAUGAAAAUAAUAAAAAAUGACUACCACAAUCACCCACUCUACUUGGAAGGGGCUUUGAGCAAAAGCACUCAUUACCAGCAAUAUCAGCCAGUUAUAACUCUGAGGAAAGGCUACACCAUUCACUGGGACAAGACAGCCCCUGAAGAGCUGACCAUAUGGCUCAUCAACUUCAACAAGAACGACUGGAUCCAAGUAGGGUUUUGUUAUCCUAAAGGGUCGACAUUUUCCAUUCUCUCAGACAUCCACAAUCGUCUCUUGAAGAAAACAAUCAAAACUGGAACCUUUUACAGAGUAUCUCAAAUGGAGAAACUGGAGUACAGAUAUCCUAGCAAAGGAUACUACUACUGGGAUGAGGACACUGGGCUGCUGUUUCUGAAACUUAAAGCUCAAAAUGAGAAGGAGAAAUUUGCUUUCUGCUCUGUCAAAGGCUGUGAACGAAUAAGGAUCAAAGCUAUGAUUCCAAAGACUGCUGGUGUCAGUGACUGUCAAGCCAUGGCUUACCCCAAGUACAUUGAGACGCCUGUAGUAGAAGUGCCAAUGCCUAAGAAGCUGUCUACUGUACAGCUGAAAACGAAGGACCACCUACUAGAAGUGAAAAUAGAAACUUAUAAGAAACAAUACUUCCACCUGAAGGAUGACUAUGCAUACAUUGAGGUUGAUGGUGUAAGGUAUUUCCUCACCGAAGAGGGCAUUCAGCUGAUAGUGAUCGAUGGACAUCAUGGGAAAGUAGUUGAUCGAGUAACAUUCAAGAACUCAAUUCUACAAGGAAUCCCAGCGCAGAUAGAAAACUAUGUCAACAACAUCAGAAAUCACUCUAUAGUGCUGGUGACAUCUAAAGGAAGAUUCAUUUCAAGAGGACCAUGGACUAAAGUACUGGAGAAACUUGGAGCUGAAAAAGGUUUUAGUUUAAAAGAAAAAAUGGCUUUUGUUGGAUUCAAAGGCAGCUUCCGUCCUGUCUGGGUGAAGCUGGUCACUAAUGAGGACUCAGCUAAAAUCUACCAAGCACUGCCAAUUCCUGUGGUGAAGAAAAUGAAGUUAUGAGGACGCAAAGCUUUGCCUUCUUCUGGCUGCCAGCACUGCCCCACUGGGAUGGACUACUGACUGUUCAUGACAGGCACAUUACAGUGUGCUCCAGAAGCGUAGCGUUUUGUUGUUGUCGUUGUUCAAAAAAAGAAAUCUUACUGUAAGUAGCUAAAGUGGCCGCAUGUGAUGGAAACGCAUUCCUCUGUGAUCAGCGCGUGUUCUGUGAUCGUCGGCACUUCGCCAGUUGACUUCCAUUGAUGUUGACGCUCAUGUCACUAAGCAAGGUUUGACCUGAUCUGCAAGCUGCUGGUUUUAUCAGCACGUCUAUGGCGUGUUGUCUCUGGAAAGGUGAGAUCUAGGGCUAAAGGCCACUGAGGAUUGUUGUUUGUACCAACCUCUAACUCGUCCAAACACUUUUCUUUCCCCUGGAGUAACCAGCCAACUCAAAGCCUUGAAAAUCUAAGGUAGAAGGUGUGGAUUUGAAUGACUACUUAGAUGCCAGGAAAUGUAACUGGACAGCAAGACUGUACCUUAAAUUUUCUGUGACAACUUAUCAAGCUCUUCGGGAUCUGUGUUGUACAUACAUGGCACAUAGUUGGGGAACAGAGGGGAGAGGAGUUAAGCAAGUGUACAAGAAGAGACUGAUGCAACCACAUCUUUCUGCUUGUUCAGAAAACGGUGGUUCUCCUGUACCUUCAGGUCUUCUAAUAGUGGUUUCUCAAAUGGGAGGUUUUCCUUCAUACACAACAGCAGCCAUAGCCUAGAAGGAAAGACCUGUCAGUCAGCACCAACACUUCCAUCCCUUUCUCUUCAGUCUGACCAUAUAUAUAUUCAGGACCAAUCUAGAAGGUGUAUGGUAGACAGUCAAAAAGGACAUCCUGUUCAAGAUUUCCAGUUCUCAGCUGGGAAUACUGAGACUUGUGUUUCUCAGCUACAAAUGGGUUGAGCAGCACUUACCUUUCCAGAUUGGGUCAGUCUCUUGGGUGUUGCUUUCCAGCCAAGUCCUUGGCCUUUGGACCAUGAGUAUCUUGACCUCCUGGAAGAGUUAUGUGAGUGGAAGAUGGCAGAGGUAGAAGUCUUUGAGGUCUUACCAGAUAGCUGAAGAAUUAGACUGGGAAUUCCCAUAUGCUAGUUGGAUGUUGUGUACCUGCUUCCCCCUUCCUUCAAAGCAUUAGGCUGGUAAUAAAGGCAGAUCAGUGAGAGUCAGGACUCCCGCACAGACAUUUCCUGAAGGUGGGAAUAUAAGCAUUGUCUUGUAAAAUAUUUUAAGCACUUCUGAUGUUCAGUGAUGUUUCUGUUUGUUGCUCAGAAAUGCCAUGAAAGCGUAUGCAGAGGCAGUGACUGUUAUAAAGAAGUUUAAGAGAGAAGUUUUAAAAGUAAAUAUGAAAGUCAAUUUUCCCAAUAUCUGGGUUUGUUUCCCCUCUUUGUCUCUCCCUGUCCAUAUUACUACAGAAAUUAUUCUGACUGCUGAUAAUUACUUCAUUUUGCUCUGUUUUAAUUAGAACUCCAGUAACUAAAUUGCUUCCCCCCCCACUUUCCAAAAUGCUGUCCUUUAGCUAGAAUGAAAGAGCAAUGAUGCUGCAGGUCAUCCCACAACAGGGCUGAUGCUGAGCUCUGUCAGCCCUGUCCCUCCUUUUUAGAUCAAUAUCUCUGAAAGGAGAAACAAUUGUGAGAAAAAGUCAGGUAGCACUGUAGGCUAUAUUUCCUUCCAGCCUCUCCUGGGUUUUGAAACUGGAAAUGUUCUUUUCAAGCUUAUAUCCGAGCUUUCCCUUUUUCUUCCCUUGCUUCUCAACAAGAGCCUGUUAAUGAAGGAGCAGCACAGUUGUUUUUGGGUUUGGGGCAUUUGCACUGUUUCUGGAAUGGAUGGACAAGUUAGUUAGGUGGUGGUGGUGGUGGUGGUUUUUUUUUUCUUACGAUGGUUUGGGGAAUUUCACCCUCAAAGCACAAACUCUUCCUUGGAAAGGUCCCGUUUAAGUUCAGCCAAACAUCACUUACCUGACAUUCUCUGAUAGGUGAAACAGAAUCAGAUCCCUGAAAUUGAGAAAUACACUGAAAAAAAGUCCCUGAGUGUGUCAGGCUGGUUUAUCCACACAUCUUCGUUCCUAUAAUUGCACCUGUACCAGUGGAGUACAUGUGCUUCCAUGAGAUGGACCAAAGUGUGAGCAUUUCUUUCAUGAGCACUUGACAUGGGCAGGAAAGCGAGGUUCAGAAUGUACCUGGUUUGGGAUCUGGUUUUCCACACCCCACUCUGUGAAGCACUUCUUCCCUGGUUGCUGGAGGCUCCCUAUAACUAUACAUGUGCAGAUGCCCAAAGGACCGUGCCCUAGGCUGGCUUCCUCUGCAUUUGUGCUAGAGUUGUAGCUUCUGAUUUUACAAUUUUUGGAAUUCUCAGGGUGAAAUCACAAGACUUGGCUCUAGGAAAACUUCUUCCUAAGAAAAUCUUGUCUUAUUAAGAGAAAAACACUUUAAGUAGCACAUUCUGUCAUGUAGAGCUUGUCACCUGGGGCCUGUUUGGAGCUAGGGCUGGGUCUCAUGCUGUGAAUACUUAGGACAGGAUCACUGCAGUCUGUAAGCCUGAGGGAUAAUGGAGCAUCAUAGCAGUGUACUGGGGCAGACACUCCUGUGAAAUGCAAAGGACUCCCACUGACGUGAAUCGGAUGAAGUCAGUGGGUUACUCUGAAGUCACAGCUUAGCCUGAUGCCAUCACCAGUCAGCAAUAGUUUUGUGCCAUAUGAUUCCUUUUUCAUCUUUAACUGUUGUAGAAAUUGCACCUGCACAUUUUGACUAGUGAAUUAACUGGCUGCUUGUACUUUGUAUGUCCAUUUAACAAUCCCUGCACCAGCUGCAAUGAUCCUCUUUAUAAGGUUUUAUUACUGCAAACGUUCCCAUCUCUGCCUACCCAGUUGCUGUUGUCAGAGUGAUUUUUUGAUUGUUUUUUUGUUCAGAUGCUUGUUUGGUUGGAUGUUUGGGGUUUUUUUGUUUUGUUUUUGCAUUCUGUUCAAAUGCUUGUUUUACCUGUCGCCGAAAUAGCUGGUCCUUUUUCGGGUUAGAUGUAUAGUGUUUUGUACAUUUUCUUAGAGACUUUCCAAUGAAAAAGAUAUAUUUUCUAUUUAUUUAUUACAAUGGCACUAAGACAACUAAAUUGCAGACAUACGAAGCAUCUUUACUGGAGUUUAGCAUUGGCUAGGUUGUUAAGGAGGUCGGCAAUAUGGCUUUUCUGAUAAUCUGCUUUGCACUUGAAAGCUCUCUAUGUCCGCAGAAUGUGGUAAUGAAUUGACUGUCUGUUUUGUGGUGACAAGAGCUGUCGGGACAUUCGUUCCAAAAGAUCGUGGCUUACAACUGAAAUAACAUGUAGUUGUUUGGAGUACACAACGUUUAUCAAAAUAAAUAUUCAAUGCAAGUUUCUCAUUUUACUUUAUUGUCUUGCUUCUUCAGUGUACAUCUGUAAUGAUCAGGUGGCGUUUGCUGGAAUAGCUCCUUCUGCAGCCAACAGUGUUCAGACCAUCGCACCCAGUGCCUCAGCUUUGCUCUUAGCAGCUUGCUUUCCUAAGAAGAUACAGGUGAUGCAGUUUUGCUAGGUCUGAAGUGGAGACCAGCCCAGGACUUGUUACAUCAUCUGAGAGAGAUACACUGCUCCUUGGUUACAUUCAAAGACAAAACCUUUGAAAACCUCUUCCAUGUGAGGACGUGGGGAGGUCCUGGUGUCCUCUCAGCCCCAUGUCUCUCACCCUAUAAGCACACCCCUUGUUGCUGGAGGCAGGGGAUGCUGUGGGGUGUGAAGGGCACUGAGAGGAACCCUGCUGCUGUGAUCUGUCACACCACAACACAGUGAGGAGGCUGUCGGUAGAAACUCCAGCAACGCUGGAGUUGUUCCAUGCCUGUGCUUCUCUAAGCUCCCUAGCAACUCCUUCAUGUUAUAACCAUGGAUAUCUGAAGUUCACACCACUAUUAACAAGGUUACCAGCACCCGAAAGACAAGAGCUAAAAGCAAGAACAGAAAAGCAGCAGGCCCUCUGUGUGCAUACAACAGGGAGGAUGAUUAAUAUCCAUAAAGCAAUGUGAAAUAUGUACUAGUUUGGAUAUUUGUGAGAUCUCACAUGAGAUGGCACAUAGAGCCACACUGCCUCUGCCAGCAGCACUGCAAGGGCUGCAGUGCCUUCAAGUGCCUCAAUCCAUAUCUAUGUCCAACACCAAAAAUAAUCCAUUUAAAAAUAUAUAUUUAUUAGAAUUAUUACUAUUAAUUUAAGUGAUGGUAACAGACCUGCUUUUGCUAUAAGAAACAUCUAUAGCUGCAGUAACAUCAACAACAAGGACGCUGCUUUAUUAAGUAGCAUUAUAUUGUUCCACUGUUCUGUUACCCUUACUGUGAAGAAGUUUCUUCUCAUAUUUAUGUGGAACCUCCUACAUUCCAGCUUGCACCCAUUGCCCCUUGUCCUAUCAUUAGAUGUCACUGCAAAGAGCCUGGCUCCAUUCUCCUGACACUUCUGACCCUUUACAUAUUUAUAAAUGUCAAGAGGUCACCCCUCAGCCUCCCCAAGCUAGAGACCCAGUUCCCUCAGCCUUUCCUUCACUCCUUUAAUCAUCUUUGUGGCUCUGCACUGGACACACUCACACAGUUCUUUGUCCUUCUUGAAAUACCAGGCCCAGAACUGACACAAUACUCCAGAUAUAGCCUCACCAGGGGCAGAGUAGAGGGGAAGGACAGCAGGGUAGAGGAAACAGCACAGUGCCCUUUGAGGGAUUCCACUGGAUACAGGCCUCCUACUAGACUCUGUCCCAUUGACCACAAUUCUCUGGCUUCUUUCCUUCAGCAAGCUCACAGUCCACCUCACUACUCGACCAUCCAGACCCCACUCUCAGUUCAGCUGCAAGGAUGCUGUGGGAGAUGGUGUCAGAUGCUUUACUAAAAUCCACCACAUCCAUAUCCACCACUUCACCGUCAUCUAGCCAGCUGGUUAAAUCUCCAAAAAAAAAAGGCUACUAGGUUGGUCAAGUAUGACUUCCCCUUAGUGAAGCCAUGUUGACUGCCUCUAAUGACGCUCUCAUCCUUGAUAUGCCUGGAGACAGCACCAAGGACAAAUUAUUCCAUCUCCUUUGCAGGGUUGGAGGUGAGGCUGAACUGGUCUGUGGUUACCUGGGUUCUCCUUCUUGCCCUUUUUAAAGACUGGAGUGACAUUAGCUUUCCUCUAGCCCUCAGGCACCCCUCCCAUCCCCCACAACUUACUUAAGAUAGUGGAGAGUGGCCUAGCAGUAACUUCUGCCAGCUCCCUCAGCACCCGUGGGUGCAUCCCAUCAGGACCCAUGGAUUCAUGGAUGUCCAGAUUGCUUAACUGGUCUCUAACCUCAUCAACCGAAGCAAAUUACUCCUUUAUCCUGACUUCCUCUGGGGCCUCAAGGUACAUGCAGGGCAGCCUCCAGCUGUGUUGACAGAGACAAAUAAGGCAUUUAUAUCUGCAACAUAUUUGAAGAAGCCCUUUCUGUUGUCUUUGACCCCUCUCUAAAGAUUUAAUUCUAAGGAGGCCUUAGUUUUCCUAGUUGUCUCACUACAUCCUCUGACAACAGUAUUAUACUCCCCACAAGUGGCCAGUCCUUCCUUCUAUGAUCUGUAGGCUCCCUUCUUCCACUUGAGUUUGCACAGCAGUUCUCUGCUUGACCUUGCAGAUCUCCUGGCUGCCUUCCUUGACUUCCUACCUGUUGGGAUGCUCUGAUCUUGACCUUGAAAGAAGCAGUCCUUGAAUGCUAGCCAACUAUCAUGGGCCCCUUUACCAAGUACCCUGUCCCAUCAGAUUUCUGCUAGCAAUUGCUUGAAAAGGCCAAAGUUGGCCUUUCUGAAGUCCAGGGUUGUGAUUCUGCUUGGUAUUCUGUUUCUGCCACAUGAAAUACUGAACUCCACCAUCUCAUGAUCACUGCAACCAAGGCUGCUUUCAACCUUCACCACUUCAACCCAUUACUCUCUCUGUUAGUGAGAACAAGAUCCAGCAGCUGUCCUCUCCUAGUUGGUUCAUCCAUUUGCAUCCAGAAAAGUUAUCAUUAAUGCACUGGAGGAACAUCCUGGACUGUGGCUGGCUCGCUGAGUGGGCCUUCCAGCAAAUAUCAGGGUAGCUAAAAUCCCCCAUGAAUACCAGGACUUAUAACUGUGAGGCUGAUAUCAGCUGCCUAUAGAAGGGCUCGCCAACUUCCCUGUCCUGAUCCAGUGGCCUGUAAUAGACAACCACAACACUAUCAACCAGGCCAGCCUGCCCCUUCUCACCCACAAACUCUCAACUUGCUUCUCAUCUACUCCUGGACCGUACUCAAUGAAUUCUAGUUGUUCUCUCCCAUAGAGAACAACCUUGCCUUGCUGGUCUGUCUUUCCUGUAAAGAACAUGGCCAUCCAUGACAUUAGUCAUCUGACCUGUCCCACCAUGCCUCUGUAAUUGCCACCAGAUCAUAAUCUCCUGCCCUAACACCGCUUUCUGACUCCUGCUUAUUCCCCAUGCUACAUGCAUUGGUGUACAGGCUCUUCAGGGAGCAAGCUGAGCACACUGAUUUCAACCCUAAGGAGAGGGGAAGCACCCCAGUCUUUAUCAGUACUAGAGUGCUGCCCCACCAGUGCCAAUCCAGCUACAACUCCAUCCCAUUCUGAAUCUAGUUCAAAGCUCUCUGAGUGAACCCUGCUGAUUCCUGUCCCAGAACCCAACCAGCAAAAUUGUUAAGAAUUAGAAACAUCACAGCACCAGUAAAAUGAUCUGUAAAAGCAGAGGCAGCUCCAUGGCUCUCUGCAUUGCUAUAAACAUGCCAUGCAAUCAAGGAAAAUUCUGAAAAAGGUAAAUGCUCCCUGAAUAAAAUAAAAAAAAAGAAAAAGGAAACGAGCCACAGAAAGAGAAGAAAUAUUUCCUGAGCCUUAUUACAAAGCCCAAGAUAACAGCGGCCAAAUAUCAAAGAGAAGUAGGCUGCCCUGUAUCUUAAUGGAAUGUUAUUUUAUGAUUUCCUUUUUCAAAAAGAAUUUUAAAAAUUUAGUAACAGUGACAGAGACCUUUUUGAAACCAAAGCUGACCUGGCUUCUCAAAGAGAAAUGCUUUGACAGCACAAGUGAAAACCAGAAAUCCUGUUGGCUACAGAGCUGCUCAGUGUGUCAUAAUAGAUAACAAUGGAAUUUUAAAAAUGUGUCCUUCGCUUAGAAUGAGAGAGCAGUGCUGGAGACAAACCAAAAGAGAUUUUUUCCUGCUGGAAAAGAUGCAGAAGAUGACCAUGUAGCAGAUAAGAUAGAGAUAAAAGCCUGCUAACAGCUAUGGUUUCACAGUAAUCCUAUGACACUGAAAUUUAUUACAUGUACCUCUUAGUGAUGUAGUAAUGACCACAAAUCGAAUUCUCAUCUUUCCAGAAAGAAGCAUUUACAAUGCUUGAAUGUCCUAAAUAAUAACAUUUAGUCACUGCUGAGGGUGUUUUGUUCCAUAUUUAAGCACUAGCAUUCACUUGUUAUACAGGCUAGCUAGGUCUUCCAUGUAGAGUAAACAUCAGCUUUGCUUACUCACUUUGCUCCAUAAAGUUAGGUCUCCAAGAAUAGGGAAUGCACUUGUUCUCUUAUAGCUAGAAAUAUAAAUUAGAAAAAUACAUUCAGUAGAACAGAUGAGGCAUAUGGUAUACAUUGGACUUAGUUUGAAAAUGAAAUUAGAUGCUUAUUCCAAUAUUUUAAUCAAUAAAAUCAAACGAAAAGUUUUCACAAAGUAUGACAUUUUCUGUAGUAACAUUGCCAAACUAUCUUCUGAGAAUGGCAGCUGGGUUAAAAUACAAAGAUAACCCAGCAAAUUUAGUUGUGGCAUUAGAACAGAGAAAUAAUUAAAGUGGAGUAGAGAAAGGCAGAAGUUUAGCUGUCAUGACAGCAGGCUUUUUUCCACAUACCUGUGUGUAGAGCUUAGAUAAGGAGGCAAGAACAAGAAGUUAUCAUCUCCAACUAAACAAAAUUACCUUCAAGAAGCUCAGUUUCAAUAUGUAUAUAUAUGCAACAUAUAUACACACAUGCAUAUAUAUUGUUUUUGGGUCUCUUCAAUCAGUACAACAUAACACUGCUUAUAUAAAGCUGCACCAGUCCAAGCGCCAUGGUCCCAAAGACUUUUAGAGGGAAAAAUCAAAUGAGCCAUCAUUUUUAAUUUAAAAAAAAAGUGGCAUAAAACAUGACUUCAUUUGGCACACACUAAUUACUCAGUAACAAACAACUGGUCAACAGGUGUGCUGAAUUUCAGCAAAGCUCCCUCCACCCUAUUAACCACAAAAGGAAGAGACCCAGCUUGCUGUAAACACAGCCUUUCGACCGACAACAACAAGCACUGCUUCUCAGAAGUUGGACUACAGUUACAAGGUAGUGAUCAACCCUCCUCCUUUGCUUUGAUUUUCUAUUAUUUGUUGCAUUACUUAAAUACUUAGCUCAUUAAAACCCAGUUUGAAAAAAAACAAAAAAAAAACAAAAAAACACAACCAAAACUCAAGCCAGAAAGAA